UGUGUCGUUGGCAGCACCAGCAAGACUGUAAUAACUUAAACUGGAAAAAAAAAAAAAUUGAACUUAAAUCCUUCCCUUCUCUUCGAUUAUUCUCUUGUUCCUCUCAAAAAUUGAGUGCUUUUAGAGUGACGUUAAAGCAAAAAGAGCAAAUAGAAAAUGAGUGUGAUCGACAUUCUAACGAGGGUAGACGCGAUCUGCAAAAAGUACGACAAAUACGACAUCGAAAAGCAGAAGGAUUCCAAUGUCUCCGGCGACGAUGCAUUUGCUCGCCUGUACGGUGCCGUUGAAGCUGACAUCGAAGCCACUCUUGAGAAAUCGGAGGCUGCUUCAAAGGAGAAAAAUAGGGCAUCUGCAGUUGCAUUGAAUGCUGAGAUUCGUCGAACUAAGGCACGAUUGCUGGAAGAGGUUCCAAAGUUGCAGAGACUGGCUAUGAAAAGGGUUAAAGGGCUUUCAACAGAAGAGUUUGCUGCUCGUAAUGAUAUGGUUCUUGCAUUGCCUGAUAGGAUCCAAGCUAUACCAGACGGAACUGCAGCUGCUCCCAAACAAAGUGGAGGUUGGUCAGCGUCUGCUUCUCGUACUGAAAUCAAAAUCGAUUCAGAUGGGAGGUUUGAUGAUGAAUACUUUCAGCAAAGUGAAAAGUCUAGUCAAUUCAGGCAGGAGUUUGAAAUGCGUAAAAUAAAGCAGGAUCAAGGUUUGGAUAUGAUUUCAGAAGGUCUUGAUACUUUGAAGAACAUGGCCCAUGAUAUGAAUGAGGAAUUCGAUAGACAAGUUCCAUUGAUGGAUGAAAUUGACACUAAGGUGGAUCGGGCAACAGCUGAUCUUAAGAAUACCAAUGUUAGACUUAAAGAUACUGUUAACCAGCUGCGGUCCAGUCGCAAUUUCUGUAUUGACAUAAUUCUGUUGUGCAUAAUUCUGGGAAUUGCAGCCUAUUUAUACAAUGUGCUAAAGAACUGAAAUGAUACAAAGAGUUGCUUGGGUGGCUCCAUUUUCUGGCAUCUUUUUGAGUUUUGAGGAUUUACUGUGGUGCUUGAUUUUGUAUAUGGUUUCUCUGGUAAAUUCGGAACAUGCCGCACACAUUUUUUUCAAAACGAUGUAUGCUUGUUGUCUAUAUAAAAAGUUAAACAAAGCCAGUUGAUAACCAA